AUGCCAGGCACUGGAAUUCAGGCAGGAAACCCCUGCCCUCCCAGAGUAGGCAGAGACGACUCAGAUGUGGAAAAGGAGGCCCAGAGAAGCUUAAAGGUUGCCUGGCUCACACGACCUGAACACUACAGAGCUGACAUUUGAACCCAGAGAAGAGCAAGCCGACACCAGACUGGGCAGAGGGCAGGGAGGCAAGUGGUUGCCUGAGAGGGACAGGCCCCUGCGCGGCCGCCAUGAAGCUGAACGAGCGCAGCCUGGCCUUCUACGCCACGUGCGACGCGCCGGUGGACAACGCGGGCUUCCUGUACAAGAAGGGCGGCCGGCACGCGGCCUACCACCGCCGCUGGUUCGUGCUGCGCGGCAACAUGCUCUUCUACUUCGAGGACCCGGCCAGCCGCGAGCCGGUGGGCGUCAUCAUCCUGGAGGGCUGCACGGUGGAGCUGGUGGAGGCCGCCGAGGAGUUCGCCUUCGCUGUGCGCUUCGCAGGGGCCCGGGCGCGCACCUACGUGCUGGCCGCCGAGAGCCAGGCCGCCAUGGAGGGCUGGGUGAAGGCGCUGUCGCGGGCCAGCUUCGACUACCUGCGGCUCGUGGUGCGCGAGCUGGAGCAGCAGCUGGCCGCCAUGCGGGCCGGGGACUGUCCGCACCCUCCGCGCCGCCCGCGCGCGCUCCCGCCCAAGGAGAACGGCUGCGCCGUGUGGAGCGCGGAGCCCCCGGCCGCCAGCCCCGCCCCCAGCCCCGCCCCCAGCCCCGCGGGCGCCUCGGCCGCCGGCUCCCCGCCGGGCCCUGCUCCGCCGCCUCUCCCUCCCCGGCGGCGGGCUUCGGCGCCCAACGGGCCCCUCCGCGCUGGCUCCUUCGCCCAGCUGCACGAGCUGUAUGGGCAGGAGGUGAGGGCGCUGAGGAGCCAGUGGCUCAGGAACCGGGCCCAGCCCUGACGUCACCCCAGUGGUGGAGGAGCUGGUUCCAGCGGGACCCCAGCCCCAGGCCUCGCUCUGACAGGCGCUGCCCUGGGAGACCAGGGUGGAGGGGUUCCUGAGGGAAGUCAGGGUGGCCUGGUUUCCGGGACCCGGCUCCGAGGGGUGCUUUAGGACUGUGGGACUCAAAGGGGGCCCUGUACCUGCUUCUAGGGAGCCUCCGGGGCCUCGGUGAGCCUCAAGAAGCCAGAGUCCUGGUAUCCAGGGAACUCUGGCCCCAAGCCGGCCGGAGUCACCCAGCAAAGGCCUGUUGCUGUUAACAGGCCCCCACUGGGGUGACUGGGACCACGUGAGGAUCUGGGGCCUGAAAGGCAAUGCCCACUCAGCCCUGGUUCUGGCCGCUGGGACUGGCCCUGGACGUGGACAGAGAGAAGCCUUGA